CUAAUUUUUUCUUUGAUUUUUCAGCAAUUGAUUUGGAAUUCUACGUGUUCUGUUAAUGUUUUGUCUAGCUCUCGGUUUCAAUUUGAUCUGAUUGAAUUUUAAACUAAUUGUUACUUCAAAUCUAUUUCUUUAGUCAAUUGAAUUCUACAUGUAUCUGUAAUUUAUUUCCAAGACUAUUUUACUAUUUUUGCUAAUUUGCCAUCUUACUUUCUCUCAUAAAUAAUUGGCGAAUACUAUUUUUUUAAAGAUGUGGGAUUUAUAAGUCCAAUCCUACCCAGAUGCUUGAUUUACUUUUGGUCUUUUGAUUCACUGAAUGAGCUGGUGCUAGAUACAGCAAGAAUGACUCAUUGUUCAGGAUUGUCUAUAACUCACACUCCCUCCGUCCCUGAAAGUACUUUUGCUGAUAUGUGAGACUCCAUCAAAAUGGUGAAGUUCACAGCAGAUGAGCUUCGUGCCAUCACGGAACUCAAGCAUAACAUUCGUAACAUGUCUGUUAUUCCCCAUGUUGGUCAUGGAAAGUCCAGUCUUACAGAUUCUCUUGUUGCGGCUGCUGGUAUUAUUGCCCAAGAGGUUGCUGCCGAUGUUAGAAACACAGACACAAAAGCUGAUGAAGCUGCAGAAAAGGAACUACAGAACAUAAUGCAUCUUGAACAAACCAAGAAGUAGCAUAAAUUUUUAAUUACUCUUUGGUUUUUUGUCUUUUCACUUUUAGGCAUCGUUUGGUAGCGAUGUUAUGUUUCAACUAGACAUGAUACAAUUAUCGAUAAUUAUCAUAGUUUCCUCAAGUUAACUUGUCUUA